UUGUGGUUGUGUUAUUGUUGAUCGAUCAGUAUGAAGCCAACAUAUAAGAGGAGGAUGAAGGUGAGGAGGUUCAAUGGCGAGUUAAAGGACAUGAUUAAGCUUAGUAGUAACGAUGAGGCUUUUCGUCUUUCAUGGAAGGCGCUUAGUGAAAUUAUAGAUUUUAUUCGCUCACGGAAGACUCCUACUCCUAACACAUGUCGGCAGUGGGAUGAGUACGCCAGAUCAUUCUAUCGUAAAAUGUGUACCUGCUUUGGUGUUGAUUAUCAGCAUUUAGAGGCCACUCCUCCUCAACAGGAGACCCACCCCGUGCCAAAAGGGAAGUCAUAUAUGUCUCGUUUAGCAGAGACUGGUGUGGGGUUUGUUUUGAGGACCCUCUCCUGGGCAGAAGGGAAGAAGCAUUUUGAACCGAAAACGCACAUCGAGGAGCCGGGCCCCGUGCAAAUCAUCCAACCAGCAACAGAAGAGAUGUCAUUUGACGAGUUUAUGGACACGGUAUUGGAUAGACUUGAGAUUAGGUACGCGACGUUGAUCCUUGACGGGGCAUUCGACUUCGGUCUUUAUUCUCCUGGGACUGGACCCGACCGUAUUCCGUAUCAUUUGCAUUUGUUGCUUAAGGAAGCAGUUUAUAUCAUGAGCAACACGAAUGAUAAGAAAGAUUUGAAAAUGGUUGAAGAAAAAAUUUGCUUCUUUAUGACCUACUUUCACUCUCAUGUGCCAUCUUCGUUUAGAUACAAUCGGCGCAUGGCCCGUUACAACGUUGACUCCUAUCACAGCACGCGUGAGCCUAGAUACAUGCUGGACGGUUACACCCUUUACCCCCGUAUAUCCUUCCUCAUGUGGGGGUGGGAUCCGAGGGCCCGUCUCUCGCCACAAGAGAUGGUUGAAAUUAUGAAUAUUAUCCACUCACGGAAGACACCGUCAUUUUGGGGGAUGAGCUCUGAGGAGAUAUCAUUCUAUUGUAAACUAUGUUCCUGCUUUCGGAUUGAAUACGAUUAUUUAGAGGGCGCUCGUGAGGAUGCUGUGUGUUUGAUGAAUGUGAGACGAAACUAAAGGCUGGCUUCUAUAUGUGAAAACGUACGCCUAGCUUCUAAUCGUUUUGAAACAAUAUCCUUUGAUGUUAAGUUGUUCUCGACUGGAUUAUUUAUCAACACUGACAAUUUACAUUUUUGAUGUAUGUAUAUGGGUAACCUAGGGAGCGUGAUACUAA